GAUGUCGUCAUCUCUGUGCCGGUGGCGGCGUGGGUUUCUCUGUCAAACUGCAAAGUGGUCGUGUCCUAUCUGCUACUUAAACACAGAAUAACAAAUAGCCGGUAUUUUUGGCUAAAAUGACGGAGAGGAAAGGGACUGCAAAGUUGGACUAUUUGAGAAAGAUUGAAAUAGAAAUCCAGGAGAAAUGGGAAAAGGAGAAAGCGUUUCAGAGUGAAGCGCCAACAACAGUUGGAGAAAGCACCAACAAAAGCAAAUACUUUGUCACCUUCCCCUAUCCUUACAUGAAUGGUCGUUUGCAUCUUGGUCAUACAUUCAGUUUGUCAAAGUGUGAGUUUGGUGUUGGGUACCAGUCUCUGAAGGGAAAGAAAUGUCUCUUUCCGUUUGGGCUGCACUGCACAGGAAUGCCCAUCAAGGCAUGUGCAGACAAGCUGAAGAGAGAGAUGGAGCUGUACGGGAACCCCCCACAGUUCCCGGAUGAGGAGGAAGAGGAGAGGGAAAAGCCACAAGAGUCUGAUGAAAUCAUCAUUAAGGACAAAGCAAAGGGCAAAAAGAGUAAAGCGGUGGCCAAAUCUGGGACGGCCACCUACCAGUGGGACAUCAUGAGAUCUUUGGGCCUGAACGACCAGGAGAUUGCCAAGUUUGCCAACGCUGAACACUGGCUGGAAUACUUCCCCCCGCUGGCUGUGAAGGAUCUCAAGAAGAUGGGAGUCAAGGUGGACUGGAGACGAUCUUUCAUCACCACAGACGUGAACCCUUUCUACGACUCCUUCGUCAGGUGGCAGUUUGUCACUCUGAAAGAGAGAAAGAAGAUCAAGUUUGGCAAAAGAUACACCAUCUACUCUCCCAAGGAUGGACAGCCGUGCAUGGACCACGACCGGCAAACUGGAGAGGGAGUUGGACCUCAGGAGUACACGCUCAUCAAGAUGAAGAUAGUUGAACCUUACACGGCCAAAUUCAAAUCUAAAGUCUUUUAUAGCAGUGGCAUGAAAGGCAAAAACAUCUUCCUGGUAGCGGCCACUCUGAGACCAGAAACCAUGUUUGGUCAGACCAACUGCUGGGUGAGACCCGACAUGAAGUACAUCGCCUUCGAAACGGCCAGCGGGGACGUGUUCGUCUCCACCAGCAGGUCUGCCAGGAACAUGUCCUUCCAGGGUUUCACCAAGGAGAACGGUGUGGUGCCGGUGAUCAUGGAGAUCCUGGGACAGGAUAUUCUUGGCUGCGCUCUGAGCGCUCCUCUGACCUCCUACAAGAUCAUCUACGCUCUGCCCAUGCUCACCAUCAAGGAGGACAAAGGCACCGGCGUGGUGACCAGCGUGCCGUCUGACGCUCCCGAUGACAUUGCUGCUCUCAGGGACAUCAAAAAGAAACAGGCUUUACGGGAAAAGUAUGGGAUUGAGGAAAAGAUGGUGUUGCCUUUUGAGCCGGUCCCAAUCAUAGAGAUCCCGGGCUACGGGAACCUGUCUGCUGUUGUGGUUUGUGAUGAGCUGAAGAUCCAGAGCCAGAAUGACAAAGAGAAGCUGGCCGAAGCCAAGGAGAAGGUUUACCUGAAGGGCUUUUACGAGGGGAUCAUGCUGGUCGACGGCUACAAGGGACAGAAGGUCCAGGACGUGAAGAAGCCCAUCCAGAAGACGAUGGUGGAGAGAGGGGAGGCCAUGAUCUACAUGGAGCCAGAAAAACAGGUCAUGUCCCGCUCAGCCGACGAGUGUGUCGUGGCUCUGUGUGACCAGUGGUAUCUGGACUACGGGGAUGCUGAGUGGAAGCAGCAGGCCAACGAAGCCCUCAAGUCCCUGGAGACAUUUUGUGAGGAGACCAGAAGGAACUUUGAGGCGACGCUGGCCUGGCUUCAGGAGCACGCCUGCUCUCGCACCUACGGUCUCGGAACGCGCCUGCCUUGGGACGAGCACUGGCUGAUUGAGUCACUAUCGGACUCCACCAUCUACAUGGCGUACUACACGGUGGCCCACCUGCUGCAGGGGGGGGUGCUGAACGGGCAGGGAGGCUCCCCGCUGGGCAUCAGGCCCGAGCAGAUGACCAGAGAGGUGUGGGACUUUAUCUUCUUUAAGACGUCUCCUUUCCCCAAGACGGACAUCCCUAAGGAGCACCUGCAGAAGCUGAGGAGGGAGUUUGAGUACUGGUACCCCGUGGACGUCCGCGUGUCGGGCAAAGACCUGGUGCCCAAUCACCUGUCCUACUUCCUGUACAACCACGUGGCCAUGUGGCCCAAAGACAGCGGGAAGUGGCCCCAAGCGGUGCGAGCCAACGGGCAUCUGCUCCUCAACUCUGAGAAGAUGUCCAAAUCCACAGGAAACUUCCUGACUCUCACCCAAGCCAUCGACAAGUUUUCAGCAGACGGGAUGCGUCUGGCCCUAGCCGACGCGGGGGACACGGUGGAGGACGCCAACUUCGUGGAGACGAUGGCCGACGCCGGCAUCCUGCGGCUCUACACGUGGGUGGAGUGGGUGAAGGAGAUGAUCGCCAACCAGAACAACCUGCGGACGGGACCGACCGACACCUUCAACGACCGGGUGUUCGCCAGUGAAAUGAAUGCCGGCAUCAUAAAGACGGAGCAGCACUACGAGAGGAUGAUGUACAAAGAGGCUCUGAAGAGCGGCUUCUUCGAGUUCCAGGCUGCCAAAGAUAAGUAUCGCGAGCUGGCCAUCGAGGGGAUGCACAGAGACCUGGUGUUCCAGUUCAUCGAGAGGCAGACGCUGCUGCUGGCCCCCAUCUGCCCACACCUCUGUGAAUACACGUGGGGGCUGCUGGGGAAGACGAGUUCUCUGCUGAAGGCGUCGUGGCCCGCGGCCGGGCCGCUGGACGAGGUUCUGAUCCGCUCCUCUCAAUACUUGAUGGAGACGGCACACGACCUCCGUCUGAGGCUCAAGGCCUACAUGCUCCCCCCCAAGAACAAGAAGGGGGAGUCAAAGCCCCCGGCCAAGCCGUCCCACUGCAACAUCUACGUGGCUAAGAGCUACCCGCCCUGGCAGCACAGCGCCCUGUCCCUGCUGGGCAAGCACUACAAGAGCAACGGCGGGACUCUUCCAGACAACAAGGUGAUAGCCAGCGAGUUGGGGGCCAUGCCCGAGCUGAAGAAAUACAUGAAGAGAGUCAUGCCUUUCGUUGCCAUGAUCAAAGAGAACCUGGAGAAGAGCGGGCCCCGGGUCUUGGAUCUGGAGCUGGAGUUUGACGAGCGGGCCGUCCUCCUGGAGAACCUGGUCUACCUAACCAACUCCCUGGAGUUGGAGCAGAUCGACGUCUUAUUUGCAUCCGAGGCGGACGACAAAGUGAAAGAAGACUGUUGCCCCGGGAAACCGUUCAGCGUUUUCAGAUCAGAGCCCGGGGUCAGCGUGUCCCUGGUCAACCCGCAACCGUCCAACGGCCUGUUUUCUACGAAGGUUGACAUCCGGCAGGGGGAUAGCAGAGACAACAUCGUCCGCCGGCUGGCCAAAGUCAACAGACUCAUUAAAGACCUGUCCCGGGUGAAGCUGAUGCGGUACGAGGACCCGGUCCUGGGGCCUCGCCGGGUGCCCGUCCUGGGCCAGGAGGAGCUCGGCAAGCUGCCCAUCUCCAGCAAAUCAGUAUUCAGCGUAAACCUGCAGGAGAAGAAGGUCAGUCUGGCUGACAACGGGCUCAGCGCCGACAUCGGGGACACGCUGGUCUAUCUCCUCCAGUAGAGCCGACACGCCGGAGAAACUCAGCUGUGGAGGCUUCACGUCCUCCAUGGCAUGUUAGAGGUCAUAUUAUCUAGUCAAAUUCAUCCCCCUGUACAUGAACCUAGAGGGCAGGAAAAGUUCUCACCUCAAGAAAUCCUGAAGCCAGAAGAAUCCAAACCUCAGCUCCGAACUGCUAUUCAACAGUUUUCAGUCCCUCUGAUACGAUUUAGUGUUUAAGGGAUUGGUACAUGAAAUAUUACAAAAGGUUUUGUCUCUUGAGAGCUAAAGAUGAGGAAAAGAGCAGGAUUUGUCACCCGCUCUUCAACACCUGAACGCAGCUUUCAAGUGUCCAACAGUUUGAUGAGUUUUGCAGUGUAGUCUGCACUUUCCUUCCUCUCUGCAAUGAUGGAUAAUAAAUAAGAAAUUAUAGCGGUUCUGAAUCUAUAAAGCAUCAUUUCAUAUUUGUCGCCGGACACCCACUUGUUUUGUGGAUGUGUUGUGAGAGCGACCUGCAUCCUGCUGACUGGCUGAUGUUUUCAUAUAGAUGGUAAUGUGUCUGCUGAGUUGGUUUUGUACUUCAGGUGAGGCAUAUUGUUCUCUCGUGUCCUGUCGGCCCGCCGGACGGCUUUCCAAUUUCCUGGCUGUCAAUCAUGUUUGACUGGCUUUUCUAAAUAAAUAAAACAUGAAACUUAAA